AUGCCUCCCCCCGCGCCCCUUCCCCCUCUCAAGGUCCACCAAACCGUCGAACUACUCCUCACAGAGCCCGAAAGCCGUACCUACAAGCGCCGGCACAUCAUCUGCCUAAUCGACAAAAUCAACUCCUCCCACACCCGUUUCCAACUCCUCAGCGAGUGGGGCGUCAUCGAUGAGUGGUUCCCCCGCGACAGGGUGGUAGCUGCUCCGGAGAAGUUCUUCAAUCCGGCGAAGCGCGCAGCGUACAUCUUGCUGGAUCUGGAGAAGGCGCUGAUGCAGGACGGGGGUUAUGGGUUUCGGAAGGCAUCACUCGUGUGUCUGCUCGACGAAAUGCCGGUCGAGGUUUUGUCCGUGCUUCAGGGCGGGACUGACUUGUGA